AGAAUAAAAACAACUCUGAUGAACUUCAUUAUAGAACCAUGAUAGCUUAUUUUUAUUCUAGCGAAUUAGAUAAUGAAGAAACUGAAAAAUUCAAAGUUGAUGAUAAUAAUCCAGCAUCGGUUGUUGAACAUGUUAAAAAUAUGAUUUGAAAAUUAAGACCAGAGAGUGAAAUGACAGAUGUUUUAUUAGAAUUAUGGGAUUUAGCUCCUAAAGCAGUUCCAAAAGAAUCACAAACUUAUCCAUUCAAAACUUAUAAUCCAAUACAAUUAAGAAAAGUAAGAGAUAUCAAUCCAUUAACUAUUAAUUCGUGGACAAGUAGCCGAGUUACAUUAAUUGGAAAUGCAGCACAUGCUAUGAGUCCGUUAUUAGGAUUAGGAACAACACAUGCUAUUCAAGAUGCUGAAGCUCUUUCUCAAGCAUUACUUAACUAUUCACCAGAAAAUUAUAUUUCUUGUAUUAAAACGAGCACCUGUUGAUGUAUUAAAAUCUAGAUAUGCUACAAUAAAACACAUUACACCAGUUGGAUAUUUUGGUCUUAUUAUUAGAAAUAGUAUACUAAAAACUACAAAUUUUUUAAUGAAAGUUCGUGAUUUUGUUAUAAAUUUUGUUUAAUAAUUUCAUUUUUAGAUAUAGUUAAAAUU